UUGUUUCCACAAUGGAACCCCUUCUUCUCGUUUGAUCAAUUAACCUCUCUCUGCAUUUUGCAAUCCCUCUUCAAUUCUCUUUCACAGAAAUCAUAAAAAAAAAAAUCCAAAUUUUCAAUUUCAUUCUAUUGAUUUUUGUUCAUGCGUGUCAUGGAAAUUGAUACAAUUCCAAAUGAAUCAUGUUCGAAAGAGAAUCUUAACCUUUAUCAAGAGUGGUUCAAUUAUGCAGACGCAGAUGGUGAUGGUCGAUUUACUGGGAAUGAAGCGUCGAAGUUUUUCGCCAUGUCGAAUGUGUCUCGGCAAGAUCUUAAGCAGGUGUGGGCGAUUGCAGAUUCAAAGCGAGAAGGAUAUCUUGGUUUCAAAGAAUUUGUCAUUUCUAUGCAGCUUGUUUCUUUGGCGCAAAAUGGAUACACAAUAACACAUGAUCUUCUAACUGGUGAUAUUUUGAGAGAUGUGAAACCACCAAUAAUGGAAGGUUUGGAUGCAUUAGUUGCGAAGAAAAAGCGCAAACAAAAAGAUAAUAAUGUUAGUACUCUGCCACCGCCCUCGAAUAAGUGGUUUACUGCAAAGUCAGCAAAAAAGAUGUCUGGUUCCUCUGUGACGUCAAUUAUCGAUGGUUUGAAGAGACUUUACAUACAGAAGUUGAAGCCUUUAGAAGUCGCAUAUCGAUUCAACGAUUUUGUAUCUCCUUUAUUGACAAAUAGUGAUUUUGAUUGCAAACCUAUGGUUAUGCUUUUGGGUCAAUACUCAACAGGGAAAACAACUUUUAUCAAACAUAUGCUUCAAAGUAGUUAUCCAGGAGCUCAUAUUGGACCUGAACCAACAACCGAUAGGUUUGUUGUUGUCAUGUCGGGACCUGAUGAGAGAAGUAUUCCCGGUAAUACUGUUGCUGUCCAAGCCGACAUGCCAUUUAGCGGUCUUACGACUUUUGGCACAGCUUUUUUGUCCAAAUUUGAGUGUUCUCAAAUGCCUCAUCCUUUACUGGAGCACAUUACAUUUGUGGAUAGUCCAGGAGUUCUAUCAGGAGAAAAGCAACGGUCGCAAAGAUCAUAUGAUUUUACGGGUGUUACAUCUUGGUUUGCCGCUAAAUCUGAUUUAAUACUCCUUCUAUUUGAUCCUCACAAACUUGAUAUAAGUGACGAGUUCAAACGUGUGAUUUCAUCCCUACACGGACACGAUGAUAAAAUUCGAGUGGUUUUGAACAAGGCGGAUCAAGUUGAUACUCAACAAUUAAUGAGAAUUUAUGGUGCACUAAUGUGGUCGCUUGGGAAGGUGCUCAAUGUUCCAGAAGUCAUGCGAGUGUAUAUAGGUUCUUUCAAUGACAAGCCAGGAAAUAAUAGUGUCAACGGUGUACUUGGCAAUGAACUCUUCGAAAGAGAACAAGACGACCUUCUUGCAGAUCUAAAAGACAUACCGAAGAAGGCUUGUGAUCGUAAAAUCAAUGAAUUUGUAAAACGAGCUCGAGCAGCCAUUAUACACGCGUAUAUUAUCAGUCAUCUAAAGAAGCAAAUGCCUGCGAUGAUGGGGAAAGCUAAAGCUCAACAAAAACUCAUCGAUAAUUUGGAGGACGAAUUCGCAAAGGUACAAAGAGAGUUCCAUCUACCAGCCGGAGACUUUCCUGAUAUUGAUCAUUUUAAAGAAAUUUUGAGUGGUUAUAACAUUGACAAGUUUGAGAAAUUGAAACCGAAAACGAUACAAGCAGUGGAUGAAAUGCUUGCUCAUGAUAUUCCUAAUCUGUUAAAGUCUUUUAGAAAUCCAUAUGGUUAAGUUUGCAAGAGAAAUGAUAAGGAAGAAAGAAUGCAUACAUAUCAGCAUAGUUAUGUACAUGCUUUGUGACAUAUAUGUGUAUCAUGUGGUGUAUAUCGAUGUAAUGACUUCACCAUCAUGGCUCUAAUUGUUGAGAAGAGAUUUUUUUUCUUCAAUGAAGAAGCUUUAUUAUUAUCA